GGGCACGUGGAGUAAGCAGCAGUAAAAAUAUUCAGUUCAGAGGCUUCAGAGUGCAGUCACUGAGCUUUUGUUGAGGAGGAGGGGUGAAGUUCAAUUCCUCCUGCAGGAUGUCUCGUUUUCUACUUCGUUUUAUUCCUUUGAUUUCUAAUGGAACUGCUGCAAAAUUGGCAUUGUCUAAGAAGAGAUUUAUACUGAUCCGACCACUUUGCACAACAACAGAUCUUUUAUCAUUAACCCGAUAUGAUGAGAGAUCUAUAGACUGGCAGAAGAAACUCACUCCAGAGCAGUAUGUGGUCACCAGAGAGAAAGGCACAGAAGUGCCGUUCAGUGGAAUAUACUUAAACCACAGUGAAGUGGGGAUGUACCAUUGUGUUUGCUGUGAUGCACCGCUGUUCAGCUCAGAAUCAAAAUACGACUCUGGAACCGGCUGGCCCUCAUUCUUCGAGGCUCAUGGGAUGUGGGAGAGAGACGAGAGUCACUCCAGCAUCGUCCGGCGUCCUGAUAAUUCACUCGGAAGCAUAGGAACAGAGGUUCUCUGCAAGCAAUGUGAUGCCCAUCUUGGUCAUGUAUUCGAUGAUGGACCAGAUCCAACCGGCCACAGAUUCUGCAUAAACAGUGUUGCUCUGAACUUCAAACCCAGAGAAAACUAACACAUACAUCUCACACAGUCCCACAGAGACGUUUCCCUGGAGGUGUUAUAAAUAUACAUCCAGCCUGGAUGGAACAUCUUCUGCUAAUGUAUCAGUGUUUAUCAAAAUGUACUGGGUGUCAUCUUUUAUGCUGAUAUCCUAAAAAAAAAUGAGCAAGUUUGUUUAAUUUUCUGUAUUAUGUACUGUUCUUUCUCUUUCUAUGCUUUCUCUGUACUGUUAGUGCAUUGAUAAACAAUGCUGCUUCAAAUAUGUGCUUGUACAAUUAUUUGUGCAGACAUAAUUUAAUAAAGCAUUUAACUCUGAGACAUAAGAGAAAUAAUUAAAUGUACGCAGGAAUACAGUUGGAGCAGGUACUGGUGUGUGUGUUUCACUGGAAAACAUGAUGCACUGAAUUUACUUGAUUCAAGUUUGUCCAUCAUUUCCACAUGAAUAAAAUAUAUUACAUCAAUAAAAUUGUCUUUCAGUUUAUGUUUGGCAAUAAUUAUUCUGUGUAAAAAUACAAUAACCUGUAUUUAUUUUUCAACUAAUUAUUUUAUGUUUUAUAUAAUAAAAUGUGUUUUAUUAUUUA